AUGCCUUUGUACGCGGCGAUCUCGCCGACGUUCAGCACGGCGGAGGAGUCGCUGGAUGCGCUCGUCAACUCGGCGUUCUAUGCCGAGUCCAUGAUCAAAGGCGCGGGGGUGGGUGCGACCAAGCACGCGACGACGCUCGGCCGCUUCGAGAAGAUCUUCGUCUUCAUGGUGGACCCCAACUCGUCACGCGGGGCGUCGCUCUACAGCUUCUUCAUCGCGUGCGCGGCCUUCACGAGCUGCUUCAUCCUGUUCCUGCAGACGCUGGACGGGCCGAACCACCACAGCUCGGAGCCCGAGUACCCGAAACUACCCAGCGAGAACGGCUACUACGACGCAGACCUGGUGUUCACCGUCAUUUUCACGCCGGAGCUUCUCAUUCGUCUCAUCAUCUGGCCGUCGCUCUGGCACGAGCACGAGUACCUGACGGAACGGCGAUUGAAGCCGUUCCUGCGCGACUUCUUCAACUGGUUCGAUGUGGCCGCUAUCGUACCGUUCUACACCGACCUGAUCUUCGGCAAGGAGAAGAGCUUCGUCAUCAUGCGGCUCUGUCGACUGCUGCGCAUUUUCAAGCUCGCCCGAAAUCACUCGGGAACGUACAUCUUGCUGCGAGCCAUCCGCGCCAGUGUCGCUCCUAUUUCCGUGGCGCUUAUCUUCUUCACGGAAAUUGUUCUCUUCUUCUCGGUCGUCAUGUACAUGGUGGACCCCAGCUACGACCGCAACAAGCCUGGCUUCUCCGACUUGCUGACGACGGGGUACUUUGUGGUGGUCACGGUGGCCACCAUCGGCUACGGAGACAUCACGCCCACGAAAGGCAACGUGGCCAGCCGCUGCUUCGCCGUCAUGAUUAUCAUGUCCGGCACGCUCUUCUUGUCCAUGCCUCUCGCCAUUAUCGGAACAGAGUUCGACCGCGCCUGGAAGCAGCACGCAGAGAGCGUCAAGAAGUUUCAGCAGCUUCAGGCUGGCACACACGUCGCCACUCCGGUGAAUAUUGACCUCGCUGCUGCCACAGGAGACAACCGUGCCCACCAGAAACAUGAAAUUCUGGUCAAGUAUAACGCGCCCAACAAGCUAUACCUGCGCUUGGCAGCGCUUACGGGCGAGGCGUCGCUGAUCACACAGGCUCUAGUCACUGAGGCAACGGCUCAUGAGUUCAACCUGCAUCAACUUCGAGAUAUUACGGACGACUUGAAGCAAACCGUCGAGCUCUGCUUUCUCAAGUGCGAAGAGCUGGCGGUAAUGGUGCGUGAUAUGAUAGUGGCCGAGUCGCAGGAGGUCGCUGCGCCGCCGACAUGGCGAGAAUGGGCACGAACGACGAUCCUUGAGCCGGAUUCGUCUCUGCUGGGACGCGUUAUUUCUCGUUGGGUGAAGUUCUGCCUCAUUUUCAGUAUGAUUAUCGUCGUGUUCCAAACCAUGCCGGACCUGCAGACAUACGGAGAGGAAACCUACUUGUGCGAGCGAAAGGUUCAGCGCUACUGUGAGAACGUCCUGGACAUUCGUGCCGGUGGCAACGACCCGGGUUGCUUUACUGUCGAUGACCCGAGUGUUGAGCUGCGCUUUGGCUGCACUGCUGCCGAAAAGCUCACCGAUUCGACGUGUUACGGGUAUCCAGGCAACUUCGGCAGUAGCACGGUCGAUGACAGACUUUCGUGUGAUGGAUCGGAUAAGGUGCUGUUGAGUGCAUUGAACAACAGUGGGUCGUCCUACCGAGACCAACUUGACCUCGUGUUGCCGUUCCGACCGGAUCCGUACCUUGUCAAGCGUGAUCGAAAGCUGAGCGUUUGCAAAAAGUGGGAGUGUGACAACCUGCACGUGACUUUCUUUGAGUUUGGCAAUGGAUACGUGGCGAUGGAGUACAUUUUCACGCUCACGUACAUGUUUGAAUUCGCGGCUGCUCUGUUCGUAUGCGAAGACUACCGCUCGUACUUCAAGAAUCCGCUGGUAUUCAUCGAGAUGGCGUCGUUCAUCCCAUUUUUCGUAUUUGAAGGGCGACGGUUAUUCACCGGCGUGACGCCCAUAUACGUGAUCACUCCGGCAUCACAGGACUUUCUGACAUUUCUGCGUCUGCUGCGCCUGUCACGCAUUUUCAAGAUCCAGCAGAGCAUCCCAGUCACGAAGGUGCUUUGGGAGUCGAUUUCCAAGACAUCAGCACGACUUACGAUCCCUUAUUUCAUGCUUAUGGUCGUGACCACGAUCCUGUCUUUCAUCAUGUUCGAGCUCGAAAAGGGUACGGAGUGUUUCUACGGUCAAGAGUGUAUUGUCGGCGACCACAACAUGACCUUCCCGUCAGAGCUUGAGGGCGCGUUACCCGGUAAACGCUUUCUCGUGAAUUUCAAGGGUGAAAUUUCAAGUUUUGACGACUUCUUCUCGGCCUUUUGGUUCGUCAUCGUGACACUGGCCACUGUUGGCUACGGUGACAUGGAGCCUGUGACGAGCUCGGGGAAGCUGGUGGCCGUCGUCGCCAUGAUUUUUGGAGCCUGUUACACUGCCAUGCCACUUACCCUGGUCGGAUCCCAGUUCAACAAAAGUUACCUGGAGUACAAGCGGCGGGAGGCACUUUUGCGGACAAAGCAGGAAGUAGGCAAGCCUUACGUUGUUCACCCAAGCGAGCUCCAACGCUGGGAAGACUUCGCACGAAACGAAUCAUUCACUUUGAUGCUCAAGUUGCUACGUGACCAGCUCGAACCUCUGCUCGAUUCUAUCGAGAAGAGCGAGGUCGACAUCAUUGACGAUAUCAACAAAGCGGAGAUUUUCAACAUUUCCAAGGAGCUGAAGCGCAUCAUCUUCCUUGAGAGGGUGCGUAUAUAUCUAUAUUCUUGCUGUGUUUGUUCCACCUGGGCUGAUCACGUUAUAUUUUGUUGGAUUUAG